GUAUAGACACAUUCUGUCUGAGCUGGCUUUGCUGCUUUGAAUCGGCUCACUAUUCUUCUCUCUUCCCCCACUCUUGGUCUUUGCUGUAGGGACUAGGAUCAGCUACCAGUGUGGCAACAUUGUAAAGUCUAAUGGAAAAGAAGGGAGUCACACAGACACUUCCUUUACCUCCUGGCUGGAGGAAGUUGGAGUCAGAUAAAGGAGUGUACUUUUGGCAUAAGGACACCAACAGAGUGCAAUGGAAGUUCCCCAAAGAAGAAGCUUUGUCUUACUUAAAGUUAAAAGAUACCCACGGCUAUGUUAACGUUGGAAGAGGUAACAACAGCCAGACAGGAAGCUUAGAUACGACUAUGUAUGCCGAAGUUACAACAAAAUGUCUACUGGAAAAAGAAAAUAUAAACUUAAACGACAAAGAAAGAAGUAAAGUAGCAUUGAAAGUGCCAGUCGAGCGUCCAUUGCUAGAUAAUGGCUACUCUACUCCUAGCAUUCCAAUUCCUCCUGUUUCUAGUCCUCAUCAUUCGUCCGAGGGAUCUCCCCCUCCCCCUCUUCCCUCUAGGAAUUAUGACGAAGAGGAUUACAUGGAGGACACUCCUCCCCCUCCACUACCGGAGAGAACUGAUUUAAGUGAGCAGCUGUUAUCACCUUUGAAAAUGCAGCAGUUCUUGUACUCAAGUAACGCCAGUGCCAUUAAUCACAUCACAAUGGAAGUACGAGGAACUAAAAAGCAGAACCAUUCACAGGACGAGAUACUUUAUGAUGAGCCGAUUAUCAAACCAAAGGUUUCUAAAGAAAGUGCAGCUGCCGAUAGUGUAUUUUAUGAUGAAAUACCUCGGGCAUUGGCUAGACCAGGUAAAAUUGAGUUUAUGAUAGCUGCUAAUCCUUCAUCAAGCGAGAAUAUAAAAGGAUCCUCGUUAACAUCUCCAGUUGUAGAGAAGGCCAUUAAAGAGAGUGAUGAUAGUGUCAUGUACGAUGAAGUGACUACUCCUAAUAAACCAAAGACGUUAAUUAAAACUAAUCAAGAGGCUCCACCUCCUCCUCCAAGAACCUCGUCAUCGCCAUCACCAACACGCUCAACUAAUCCUCUCUCUCCCCCUCCUCUCCCUCCUCCUUCUGUCCCUCCUCCUCCUGUUCCUCCCCCUUCUGUUCCUCCUCCUCCUCUACCCCCUAGAGAUCUCUCUCCCCCUCCUCUCCCUCCCCCGGUCUCUCUGAGUCCCAAGUCUCCAAAGCAGAGACCCUUAGCUCCGGUAGUAGCGUAUCACGUCACACAACCCGUUAUUAAACCCAGUUUGACGGAUGAUGGACUAAUGACUGUGUCUCAUACUAGACAGAGCUCAAAGACGCUGCUCCCCAGAAGACAGCUCCCCGCCCCAGAGAUCCCAUCAAGAAAAGCUUCUUCUGUGAGGCUGCGACGUAAACAUUCCCCAAAAUUAAAGAAAGCCGAUACUUUUGACGUACUUGAGAAGGAAGAUAAAGAACUUGGUGAGUACGAUCAUUUGGUUCACGCUGUUAAGACGAAAGGAUCAACUCUACCACACAGAUUAGAUGAUCCGUGUUAUAGUAAACUGCAAGUUGAUAAGUCUUUAUUAAUGAGAUCUGGUGUCACCAUUGAAGGGUCUCUAAUGUCAGCCAGUAACUCAAGUAUCCCUGAUAUCGUUGACUCUCCGCUGACGCUGAUACACGCCCCCAACCCACCCAGCCCUGUGAUUAGGCCACGCCUACAUGAUUACGAAGAUCUUGAUACUAACGUUGAUCCAAGUGAUUCACUUAUCCAUGCACCUAACGCUCCUAGCACCAAAAUAAAACCUCGUUCCCACGACUACGAAGAUCCAGAUGAAAACAUCGACCAAGAUGAGCUUAUCCAUGCACCUAAUGUCCCUAACCCUAACCGUAAACCACACCCACAUAAUUACGAAGACCUUGAUAAAGACUCCCCUGGUCAGUUUGAACUGGUACACGCACCCAAUGGUCCGUCUUCUAGUCCGGUUCCUAAGAACCGGUCGCAUACUUACGAAGAUCUUGCCGACAAGCCUAAAGACAAUAUGAUUCAUGCUCCUAAUCCACCUAAACCAGAUAUAAAGCCUGCUCCUCACCUGUAUGAAUCUGUUAAGCAUCACGAGACAGGAGGUGACACUCCAGCCCUCGUUUGGGAUAACAGCGACAUGAGGCCCGGCCUAUCCUCUGGGUUUGGUUCCGGGGCUAAGACCCAAGCCGACUUGAAGACUAAGCAACGUAAAACUUCAAAUACUCCUAUCGCAAAACCUGAGAGUGUGAGCGAUGAGGAUUUCGAGAGACGACUGGAAAGACUCGAUAAUCACUACUACCCUGAAAUAGACAUACCACUCUGGCCUGUCCCUGGGGGUGAAUCCUCUGCUCCCCCUCCUCCUCGUCGUGCCUCUGAAAUCAAACAAGUUGUUAGGAACAGCUGGAACGUGUCGACUGGUUCUAACGGGCUACCCCCCGGAUGGAAGAGAGAGGUGAACGAGCAGGGACAGGUGUUUUAUUGGCAUUUACCAACUGGUAAUAUCCAGUAUACCAAACCAGAGGGACCCAAUGCAUCAAAGAGUAUGAGUCCGUCUGAUUCCGAAAGAGGUUCUUUAUCCCCUAGAGUCUUAAAACCGACCACAUUCGCUGCUGAAUACUUAGGAUCCGUUGAAGUACAAGAGGAGAGGCUGAUAAAGGGGCGAAGUGUACAGGUGGUGUUUAGUGCCAUUGAGAUACUGACAGCUAAAGAUGGACCCCCACCUCAAGUGUUACAGCAAGUUGCUAUGUUUAAAAGGAAUGACAGAGUACACCUUCAAGUGUGUGGCAUGGAGCUGAAGUGGUUAAAUGUCACAGACGGGACAGUUGUAGUAGUACAAGCCAUUAAUAGAAUUAGAGUCUGGGGAGUUGGACAAAUCAAUAACAAGGAUUUUGGCUAUGUAUCACGUAAUUUAAAAACCCAUCGUCACCAGUGUCACGUGUUUCGAUGCGACAUUGCAGCUGUUGGGUUGAUCCAGUCGCUACUUGACAGUCACGAAGUGAAUCGGAAGUUCGUCCCUUGUCCUGGUCAGUAUCACUUUACCUUAUUAGGUACUGAAAAGUACAAGAGGUUGGAGGCGGUCUAUUUAGGAUCUCGUUUUGUGACGUCACCUCACGGAAUAAGAGUAGUGAACGAGUCAGUGUCGUAUCUAUCAAGAGACAAAUCAAAAUGGAUACCAGUUUAUGUUGAUGUGGCUUCUUCCCAUAUUAGGAUAUUGGAUACUAAAAAUGAGAUAGUAUUGAAAGAACAUCGGAUUAGAUUCUUGUCCUUCCUUGGAAUAGCUCACGAUGACCAAUAUUGUGGUUAUGUUGUUGAUAACGGUGACAACCAGUUCCAGUUCCAUGGCUUCUUCUGUGAGCCUAAUUCCGAUAAGAUCUGUCUAGCACUUCAUUCCGCCUGUCAGUCUCGCUACCAGAGGGUCAUUGACGCCCACAUGAUUGACGAGGACUCUCACUCGGAAUCAAAUGGGCGUGGUCAUAAGAAGUCACUUCUUAAAAGAAUUGGAAGUUGGAAAACAACAAAAUCUCCCAACGAAAAUGAAGAGGAAGCAGCUCCGCCCACAAGUAGAAACUUUAUCGUACAGUUCCUUGGGAUGGAACCCGUUUCUAAACCAAAGGGUAUUGACGUGGUGACAGAGCCUCUUCAAAAAGCAACUAAAAGAACAUCAGGAAUUCACCUAGUGGAACUAGUUGUGUCCUCAAGUGGUUUCACCAUUAACGACCCACAGAAGAAAUACUUUGUAUCAAAGCACAUCUCAUCAAAGAAGAUCACAUACUGCGUGAGGAUAAGGAGUCACUUUGUGUUCAUUGCUAAAGAAGGCAGUAGUAAGCAUGCUCUGUUCAUGUUCAGUGAGAGCGAGGUUGAUGCUGCUAGCUUAGUAACUGCAGUUCAGGACUUCAUGUCACAAUAAACAACUAUUUUCAUUAUUAUCAUUAUUAUUAUUAUUAUUAUUGUUAUUGUCAUUAAUCGUUUGUCUCUGAACUAUUAUUAUCAUUAUUAACUCAAAGUCUUGCUGUGUAUAAAACGUAUACAUAUAUUAUAUUAUAAUUAUUAUUUUCUGUAAAAUGUUAUGUUAUGUUAUGUAUUGGUACAUACAGUGUACUUAAAGUACCAAUCAGUUUCCUUAAUCCA